ACACGCCGUUGCGGUCUCCUUCGACAGUCGUCGGAUGUGGUCGACAUGACUUCAUCUGCGACAAAGCUCCUCCCGCCGUCGACAGGCCCCCGCUUGAUCGUCUACCAUCAGACGAUACAUGACCCACAUGGCAGCUGCAAUUCGCUGUUGCCAUUGCUGACCAACAACACCGGCGUCACGCAUGUGAUUGUCGCUGCGAUACACCUGAACGACGGACCGGGCAACAUCACACUCAACGAUCACCGUCCAGACGACAAGCGGUAUGACCAGCUAUGGGGCGAGGUCGGGUGGCUGCAGGGCAGUGGUGUGAAGGUGUUGGGCAUGCUAGGCGGCGCAGCAAAAGGCUCCUUCGAACGGCUCAGCGGCGACGACGAGAGCUUCGAAGCGUACUACACCCCCUUGCACGCCAUCAUCUCCGUCUACAAGCUCGACGGCCUCGACCUCGAUGUCGAGGAGGAAGUCCCCCUCGCAACAGUAACCCGCCUCAUCGCCCGCCUGCGCGCAGACUUCGGGUCCCAGUUCCUCAUCACCCUCGCCCCCGUCGCGACCGCCCUCAUCCCCAACCCAGACAUCCCCGCCCAUCUGCGGCCCCCGCGGCCCAUGCUCGCCAGCGGCCCAAGCCCCAACCCCCUCCACCCCACCCUGCCCCACCUGAGCGGCUUCUCGUACCCGGAGCUCGAGUGCAGCGUCUACGGCCGCGAGGUCGCGUGGUACAAUACCCAGUUCUACUGCGGCUGGGGCGACGCCGCGACGACCGCGUGGUACGACGCCAUCGUCGCCGCGGGCUGGAAGCCCGAGCGCGUGGUGCUGGGCGUCGUGACGAACCCGGGGAACGGCGCGGGCCACGUGCCGGUGCGGAAGCUGCGCGAGGUGUGCGCGGUGCUGCGCGAGAAGUACAAGAGCGUGGGGCUAGGGUUCGGCGGGGUUAUGGGCUGGGAGUACUUCAAUUGCGGCGACCACGAGGAGGAUAUCGUGCAUGUCGCCGAGCUGCAGCUGGACAAUGAGACGGUGCAGGCUGGCUGGGUCAAGGCGCUGGGCCGCGUGCUGAGGACCGAGGUCCCGAGUCAUCCGCACACGAGCAGGCCGCCGCUGGGCGUCACGGCGGAGCAGAUCAGGCAGAUGGUGACGCGGCUGCCGCAGGCGCAGGCGAGCUGGCCCGAGGACGAGGUGCAGAAGCUGGUGGUGCUGGGGUUUGCGCGGCAGGAGGCGCUGGCAGCGCUCAACGCCACGGAUGGGAACGUGGAGAUGGCUGCGGGGUUCCUGUUUGAGCAUUACCCGCAGUGAGUAAGGCCGUAGAUGUGUGUCCAGCGUCAUGAGCGUUCAGUCCGUGUAUCAAGCGAUUUUGCACCGUAUUUCCUCCCCAUCCCAUCCCACCGCGCCCCUGACACCCCCUCACUC